GGACGUUUCCCCAUGCAGACAGCGGCUAUUUCUUGGGGUUGACAAGUGUGCCGACCACUGCCGCAGACGAUCGGGUGCGCGCGUGACUUUUUCCCGCCCAGGAAAAGUUUCGCUUUUCUCCAACUGGCAACGAUGUCCAGGAGAAAACAGGCCAAACCCCGCUCUCUCAAAAGAGACGAAAUGGACACGCUUCACGAUGAGAGUGGAGAGGAAACAGAUGUAUGUUCGGCCACAGAUAAUAUCUCCAAAGAUGACAGCCUGUCUUAUUUGAUUGGGCAGGAGAAUAGUUCUAUGAUAGAUUCGACUCUCUAUGAUAAUUCCUUGGAGACUAUUACUUCAAACACAGGUACCAUGGAUAUUGAAAAUAGUCCAGAAUCAGGACUGAAUGGUGGCGUAGCUACACCCACAUCCUGGUCCACAGACACCCCAGACGACCAGUCCAUGUCGCCCACUAGUUGCGCCACUUUUUCCGAUGCCGAUGCGGAACUGUCCUUCACCAUCGGAGUGACAGAGAACACGCCGUACGCCUGCCACUUCUGUGAUAAAGCCUUCCCCAGACAGAGUUACCUUAAGAGGCAUGAGCAGGUUCACAGCGAAAACUUGCCAUUCAGAUGCGAGUUUUGCAAGCGCCUCUUCAAGCACAAGCGGAGCCGCGAUCGUCACGUGAAAUUGCACACUGGCGACAAGAAGUAUCAGUGCACCCAGUGUUCGACGGCCUUUUCCCGCAGUGACCAUCUUAAGAUCCACAUGAAAACGCACGAUAAUGCCAAGCCCUAUCAGUGCAGUGUUUGCAAUCGGGGCUACAACACGGCGGCCGCCCUUACCUCCCACUUGCAGAACCACAAGAAGGAAAAUCUCAAUAAUAACCCAUCUAGCCCAUCCACCCAGCUCUACAGGUGCCUCAUGUGCUCAAUGGGAUUUGCCACCGCCAGGGAACUGCAAGUGCAUGUCCCUACCCACGAGCACGACACCUCAAACCAUGCGAAGACCCUUCCAUGCCACUUCUGCCAGGAAAGCUUUUCCAACCCCGAUAGCCUGAAGAAUCACGUGGAAAAGAAUCACCCCUCCGAGACGCAGGGGAAGUGCCCCGAAUGUUCGGAGACUUUCUCGACUUUGGAAGAUUUGCAACAGCACAAAAAGAUACAUGAAGAUACACAAUCUGCUCAGUUUUCUUGUGGCUUCUGUACAAAGAAUGAGUUCCCCACAAUGGAUUCUUUGCAGAAGCAUAUGCAGGAAACCCAUGUUCAGAUGAACAAUAGUACUGAAUCAUCAACAGCAGCUUCUUCCUCAAGCCCUCUGAGUAACCCAAGAUUGACGCCGGAUACCAACAGUAGAAAAACCAUCUCUCCUUCCUCAGAUUCCUAUGGCUGUGAAUACUGCAUGAUGAAGUUUAACAGCGUAUCUGCUCUUCAGAAACACACUUUAACAAUACACAGCUUCAACGAUGUCUCAAUGUUGAAAUACCCAGAAAAAUUUUGCUCAUAUGGAAGAGGUUUUCCUGCUCGUACUUCACCCUUCCUGCGAUCCCACAACAAAGAAAUGAAUGCUUCCAGCCAUAACACUGAAAGAAGUAUGCCACCAAGAAGCAAAGAACCAAGUCCUAGGCUCUCUGUGCCACCAGAUGUAACACUGAUUAAUGGCUUGAAUACAUCCUGCUACAGUAAUGGGCCUUGUAUUUGCAAUCAGUGUGCUGCUUAUUUUCCAGAUUUCGAAUCAUUCCGCGAACACCUAAAGAUUCACAUAGAUUCUGGAAUGUUGAAAACUCCUUACAGUUGCUUUGAAUGUGAUGGAAAAUUUCCGACUGAAGAACAUUUAGACAACCACAUCGCAAAACACUUUUUGUCCACUAUAACAGAAUAUGGUUGUCAGAGCUGUAUGAAAACAUUUGUGAAGCCAGAUCACUUGCAGAGGCAUCUUUUGGAAACCCACGCUCAGCAGCUGUACAAGUGUUCCCUCUGUAAAGAUAUGUUUGAAUCUAAAGUGAACAUACAACUCCAUUUCUCCAUGAAACACAGCAAUUCUUGCUGUCUGUAUAAGUGCACUUCAUGCAAUAUGAUGUUCAGAACUGAUAUAGAGUUUGCGUACCACGUCAAAAUGACUCAUUUAACUAAAUUACAGUCGUUUAGAUGUAACCUUUGCAACCUUUGUUUUUCAUCUGAGGCCAUGCUUCAGAGUCAUUUCCAAUCUCACCAAAGAUUUCCUUGUAAUUUUUGCAGGGAAGAUUUUCAAGUAGAGUUUCUACGAGAUCGGCAUAUCCAGGAGAAACACGCUGGAGAGUCAAUUGUACCUUUGGCUCAAAAUGAAACAGACGCCGUACAGAACUUGAGUUUAAAACCUAGAGUUGAAAGUGAUAACUUCAACUCAACUCCAAAAAAGUUACUAAAAUGUGAUAUGUGUGACAUUAGUUUUACUGUUGAAUCUUCUUUAAAUGCACACAGACGUCAGAUUCACAACAUCCGAAAUUCAGGUUCACAAAAACCUACGCAUGUGAGUUUGCAUUGUGCUUAUUGUAAUGAAACCUGUAAAUCCAGGACAGACUUGGAGCACCACAUGAAAACUCACGUUGUCAGUCCGAGCAAGCACAAAUGCAAUAUUUGUGAUGAGGUGUGCCCAUCUGCUGCCACACUUGCUGAACACAAGCUUUCACACUGCAAAGUUGUGACAGAUAGCACAUGCGUUACUUGCCACACCACAUUAAAACUGGAAGAUCAUUUCCAUGCUCAUUUGCAUCAACAUAAUCCACAAGGUUUACCAGCACCUUGCGUUAUAUGCCGCCAAACACUUAUGUCGGAAAUAGAUGUUCAGAUGCAUGCAAAACACCACCUAAAAGAAGCAGAAUCAUUAUAUUCUUGCUGUGUUUGCAGGAAGAAAAGCAUCAUGGAUCAACUAAUCAUUACUGGAAAACAGGACAGUCAUUCCUAUAUGUGUAAAGAAUGCUUUCACGCGAAAGACAUUCGAUGUUUACAAUGCAAUGUUAAAUUUGAGAGCAUUUCAGAACUAGAAAAUCAUAAAUUAAGUCAUGCUAAAUCCUAUAUAUGUAUUGCAUGCCAAAAAUCUUUUAGCACUAAAGCUGAAGUGCAUGCUCAUGUAAAAACGCACGUUGAUAAAGAAGGUAUUAAUCAUUUCUGUCAUAUUUGUAAGAAAGUUUUCGAUUCGCCAGCAAAGCUUCAAUGUCACUUAAUUGAACAUACUUUUGAAGGUUCUUCAAGCUAUGGUUGUUAUUUGUGCAAUGUAGUUUUCACAGCUCCCCAUCUCAUACAACAGCACAUGAUCGAACAUGGCAUGGACUCCAGGCCAUUCGAUUGCACGCUGUGUCAUCAAAAAUUUUUCUUCAGAGCUGAAUUAGAUAAUCAUCUGGCGUUCUCCCAUUCCAGCGAAGAUCCUGCUCAUAAUCAGAGCAAUGAAAGUGGUAACAGUUUAUCUUCAAAGGAGCAUCUUCCAACUCAAUCCAAAUCACAUGAACAAAAAUCAAGUCUCAAGUGUUCGCUGUGUCCUGAAGUGUUCGAUUCCCCAGUGGACAUGCAACAGCAUCAUUUCAAAGAACAUGGUGACAGUGAUCUACAAGACAGUAAGAAUACUUUUCCCUGUACAGAAUGUGAUCAAGUAUUCCCAUGUUUGAGCAAUCUGCAAGGGCAUAUGCGUAUGCAUAAACUUGGCACCAAUUUCCCUUGUACAAAGUGCGAUAAAGUGUUCACAAUGGCUAAGAACCUAAAUAUACACAUGCGAUCGCACAAUGGGCGCAAGCCUUAUGAAUGCCACAUAUGUAAAAAGAAGUUCACAAGGAAGGAAAACCGCAAAUCCCACAUGAAAUCUCACACGGGACUGAAACCUUUCAUGUGCCCUCACUGCGGAAAAUACUUCUCUAGAAAGUGUCAUGUUAAAGAGCACAUGAGGCUCCACAUCACAUCUACCACACAUCCGUGCGAACUGUGCACCGAAACUUUCCAGUCCCUUGCUGAACUGAAGAGCCACUUGGUGGGAGCUCACAAUAAGAACUUCGAUCAUCCCUGCUCUGUAUGCAACGAAGUGUUCGAGAGUUCAGAAGCUCGAGAUCAGCAUCUCCUCAAGGACCACGAUGUCAGAACAAGUUCAGUUGAAGACGACUUGUCGGAGUCCUCACUCGGCCAAAGUUCCAGUUCUGGUGACACAAAGGACCUCGACAGUAGUGAUGGUGACAGCAAUCUGGAAGCAGAUAGUGACACCAGAGAUUCUCCGUUAUCAAUCGUUGAAGAGCCCGCUGAGACCCAUGCUUCGGCAGCCCAGACAGUUGCAUGAUUUCAAGGGGAAGAGGAUGUGUAAAAAAGAUUUCACGCAUCCUUUAAAAAAAGUAUUGCAAUUAUUGGACCAAAGAAAAUAUCUAUUAUUUUGUGUGUAUGUGUGUGAUUGUGCAUAUUUAGAAGAACAUAUAUUCUGAAUAUGAUUGUGAAUAUUUAAAAACCAGAAAUUAAUAGGACAUCGAAACAUUGAAUACCCUCUUUCUUUCAGAAGCAGCUUUGCGCGCCUUGAUGAUUUAAAACCUUUUUAUUAAUGAAUGCUAUUAGGCAUAAAAUUUAAUAUAUUUAUUCGAAAAUUUUGAGACUAUGUAUGAACAUAUUGAUUAUUUUUCCUAUUUUAAACAGAAGUGAAAUCGAGUGGAAUUAUAAUACAAUUCUUUCAAUUUUCAGUGCCACUUGUGAUUGAACCCUAACAAAAAAAAUGUUGGAUUUUGUUAUAGCUGAUCAAAUUCUUAAGUUAAAUAUGCAGCAAUUUCUUCAUAGAACGUUAAUGAGAAAUUUUGUUGAUAUUUAAAGAAGAGGUUGAUGCUUAGAAGUUUUUAUCUAUCUUUAGCAUAAUCAAAAUGCCAUAAAUUAUGUUUUUUCUUUCUUUUUUAUCCAGUGACUGCAUAAGAAAGAAAAAAGUAUUAUAUGGAACUAAAGCCGAAAUUUUUGAAAAAUAACUUUU